AUGGCGACGCUAAGGGAACGCAAUUGCAGGCAGUCGCAAGAAACCAAAUUGGACGCACUCAGGCCGCAGCAGCCCGCCCAAACUAAAGCUGCCGUUCUCAACUUGUCCUCGUACAAGCUUACUGCUUCUGAAGCUGCCGUUCUACGCAAGGGAUUAAACUUCAAUUCUGGUGCCUCACCUAACCCGACGAGAAUGGUCUGCGCCGUGGAGCGAGCCGUCGCACAGCUUCCUUCCGAAGUAAGAGACGAAGCUCGUACCCGCGCUAUCGGUGUUCUGUCCAAGUGGCGGACACGCGACCCUCAAGCCCGGCCUUCACCGGCUGAGAAAGACGUCGUCAAGGGCCUCCGAAACAACCUCUCCAUUGCCAUACUUCCUGCGGACAAGGGAAAUGCCGUCGUAAUACUCAACAGAAGUGAGUACGAUCAGAAGAUGACGGAUUUGCUUUUGGACGGGGAUACUUACGUAACCAUACAAAAAGAUCCCACGGCAAGCCUUCAAACGAAACUGCAGAAGCUACUCUCCAAUAUUUUUAAGUUCGUGCCGCCGCAGCACAAGCACCUUUACUAUCGCCUCCUGUGUACCAAUGGGUCUGCACCUGCAAUUUACGGCCUGCCCAAAGUACACAAGCCAGGCGUUCCGCUACGGCCCAUCGUCGACUUCACAAGGUCGCCACUGCACCGACUUUCGGGUUACCUACACCAAGUGUUGGGCCCACUCGCCGGAAAAACAGCAACGCACAUUGCCAAUUCGUCAGCUUUCGUGGAAAAAGUGCGCGACAUUUCCCUGGAUGAAGAAGACGUGAUGGUAUCCUUCGACGUCAGAGCGCUCUUCACUUCCGUGCCUGUCGACUUGGCCGUAGCGGCGUGCACGAAGGUCCUGCUGGCGGACGAAACGCUCGCAGAGCGCACACCUUUGGAGGUACAGGACGUCUGCGAGCUGCUAGAAUUUUGCCUAAGCAACACGUAUUUCACCUACCGCAAGCAGUGUUAUAAGCAGAUCCACGGAACCGCCAUGGGGGCCUCCAUCUCCGUUACUACGGCCAAUUUGGUCAUGGAGCUAGUUGAACAGAAGGCCCUUGCCGACUUCGCUCCCGCGCCCAAGAUAUUCGUCCGCUACGUGGACGACUGCUUCUGCAUCCUAAAUAAGAAUGAUGCCCCACGGCUCCUGCGUGUUCUCAACUCGAUAGAGGCAGCAAUACAGUUUACCGCAGAAUACGAGUGCGACAGCAGCCUUCCCUUCCUCGACGUCCAGGUGGGCCGAACCGGAAAUAAGCUCUCGGACCCAUCCAACGACACAAUUUUCCUGCCGGACGAGACCGCCGGCAAGACGCCCUCAUUUCCCAUCUGGACGCUUUGUGCAGUCGCCAUAGUGGCGUCUAAUACUUAG